UUAUAGCCCAUUAUCCUUAUAGCUAAAGUUUGUUGUGCAUGUACAUGUUAAGUUUUGAUGAUGAUAAACAAUAUGUUUUAUAAUAUGAAUGUUUAUGAUAGCUGUUUAAAAAAGGUUAUCAAGCUUCGAAGUAAAUGAAUGAAUGAAUGAAGAUUUUGAAGAAGACAUUGAAGAAAUAAUAAUCAAGAUUGUAUUCCAAGUUUAGUUAUUACUCCCUCCGUUUCCUAAAGAUCUUCCCUCUUUCGGUUUAAGGGUGUUUCCAAAAGAUCUUCCCCCUUUUGCUUUAUUCCUUAUUUGGCAAAACAAAUUUCCCUAUUUACCCUCUCAUGUCACUAUCAUAUGGUCCACCAUUACAUUAUUAAUUCAAUUUUACUCCCUUUCUCUCUCCUACUUUAACCCCUUUUUAUUUGUUUAUUUAUUUUAACCCCUUUUUUUCUCAUACUUUGCUCACACCAUGCCCCACACAACUUGAUUUUCCUUGGUAUCUGUAGGAACAGUAAGUGGGAAGAUCUUUAGGAAACGGAGGGAGUAUAUGCUAAUGUAAUAUGUUAGAAUUAUGUGAUAUAUUGUAUGCCAAGUAUAGAAAUAUGAGGAGUCUAUUAUGAACCCCCCACCAUAUUAAAAAAAUUAAAUUAAUUUUAGUGUCUAGCUCGGCGGAAAAUGUCAAGCUCUUUGGAACAUGUCAAGCUUCCCUGCCCUUCAACGGAGGAAAUUGAUGAGAGAGAGUGUGGGUUAACUAUGCAUCUAGCAAGUUUGAUUUAAUUAAUCUUUGCAUCUGUUUUCGAACACUAGAACAAAUUAUAACCAAAAUAUGGGAACUAGGGUAGGGUUGGAUGCAAAGGAAAUGGAAAAUGAAAGGAUAGAGGGAAAGAGAAGCGAAAAUGAGGUAUUUUUGUAUAAAAAUACAGGGUGUUACUAGGUAAAAUUAGGAUGGAAAAUAGUAUAACUCUUGGUUCAUAUCUAUAUCUAUAUCUAUAUCUAUAUCUAUAUCUAUAUCUAUAUCUAUAUCUAUAUAUAAAGCUAAGUUUAUUAUGCCUAUGUGUCAAGCUAAUAUACAUCAUGCCAAAUGUCGUCUUCUCAUGUGGCUUCAAAAUUAAAUUGCCACGUGUAGAUUGAUAAACAGCUAAUGCUUAUGUGUUUAUUGCAUACCGCUCUAACACGUGUCAUAAUCUUUAUAACUAGGCAAGAAGAAUCAGUAAAUUAAUUACAAUAUUUCGAAUUAGGAAAUAUUGUUAUAAUGUUCCUUAAAUCAAGCAAAGAAUCAUAUACUAAAUUAAUGGCUUAGAACAAAUUGUCGUAUAUCAUUCAAAAUUAACAGCCUUGAUUGGAAUCAAUCAUAGUAGUGUUUUGCCUACUAUAUAAUAGAAUCCUCCAACAUCAUUACAAUACAUCACUUUUUUUUCUUAAUAUUGCAAUGUAAUUCAGGACUUUCGGGAGUUAGACUUUUUACUUAGGAAUUCACACAUUGACAAAUAUAACAAGAAAAAACUAUAGUUAGAGAGUUUGUACCCAACAGCAUUUCAUCAUUAUCAGUUUCAGUUCUUGAUAAGCAUUCAGUUAGGUCUUAAAUAAUAAUAAUAAGUUAUUAAAUAAUAAUAAAUUAUUUGAUAAAUAAAUUAGGAUAUGGAUUGAACUGAACUGAUCGCAAUUGAAUUGAACUCAACUAAACUGAUUGUAAUUAAACUAAACUGAAUCGAACUGAACUGAAAAUAAGCUGGGGAAUAUCAGACCCUUCCUCCAAUUUUGUGUUAUAAUACGUGUAGUGAAGGAUGUGAUUGAAUAAUAUGGUUACUCUGUUCAGUUGUUGUUGUAGCCUCAUAAAUAGAAAAGGGUUCUAACCAACAGACUAUGUCUAUAAAUUUAUUUAUCUUUUUUCAACAAGGUGCAUAUAUAAAAAGAUUGAUAUAUAAUAUCUACUAAAAGAACUAAAGUGAUGAAGGCCUGAAGGGUCUUAUUUUGACUGCUUUUUAGAUCUACAAAUUAGAUAAACUAAUAAAUAGGCAAAUACAAUAUCUUAAAUUUAUAAAUUUAAAAGUUAAUUUACACAUACAUCCUUAGAUUUUUGUACCAUGUACUCUCUCCGUUUCAAAAUAUAAGGCAUGUAUGAUGUUCAAGGUUAGACUUUAACCGCUAAUUACUCUCAAUCUAUAUUGAUAAAAAAAAAUUUAGAAAAUAAUCUUAUUAUAGUAUUUUUCGAGACAGAUCCAAUGGUAUAAUUUUUAUAAUUUUUGUUUACCAUAUUAUGAGAGAUAUUUUUGGUCAAAACAAAUUUUUGUAAAGCAUGAAUGCCUUAUAUUUUGAAACGGAUGGAGUACUUGGCAAAUAUUACAAUAAUUACAUGAUGUUCUUAUAAAAAAAAAAUACAUGGUGUUUAUUUUCCCAAAGUGAUCCUAAUACUACCUCCUUUUUUUUAGAUGUAACAUUUGAUAAAUAUGAUCUACCCACUAAAAAGACAAAUGUUGCAUAUAUAGAAAACAAAAAAAGUAUAUAGUACUUUGAGUGUUAUGUAACCUUAUUUCCUGAAAAGCCAUUAACUAAUUCGUAAUACAAAAAGAAAUUGAUAUUUUUUAUAAAUAACAUGCUUGUCGUUCUUUCGCAAAAUAAGGCUCACUAUGUACUAAUAUUUACUAUUAUAAUGAAAGUUAGAAUUUUAAUCUGGUGGGUAAGAAAUAUAUUAAGGUGGUCAUUUGAGCUGCAUAAAUAUUGGUACGGUGUAUGAAAAUUAUUCUUUAUCAAGAUCAGAUGGCCGACGAAAUUGAACCUGAUACAAUUUUAUAGGGCAGAUGAAGAGAAUUGGUUUUGGAGUUCCUGAAGUAAAGGAAUAAUAUCCUUAAUGAACUAAAUCAAGUUGUUGUAACAACAAAUCUUAAGAUUAUUGUAAGUGUAUCUUAACUAACCUUAUCUUCACAUAAGUUAUUAUCAUUAAGUCCCACUAAAUCUCUUGGGUUAUCUCAUAUAGUUAUACAAGUUAUAGUUUAUGGUUAUGCUGCAGAUAUAUAUUGUACUGAAUUAAUUCAAUACAAAUAAGCUUUUUUCAUUUUUUGAUAAGAACACAAAGCUUUCCAUAACUCUUACAUCUGAAACUCACAUUUUAUGAUAAUGAACUGAUGGAGGUUUCCAAAAUAUACUUUAUAAAGAGAUUCCAUAUUAGAAUUAGAAAUAUUGUAUAUAUAGUUAGUGAUCUUUUAAUCAUUAUUAUUGAAUCAUUAUCAAUAACAUAUCUUAUUUCAUAAUUUUGUAUGGUGUACCUAGAAUAUAAAAUUAUCAAUAUUUUUUCCGAUAGUGGUAGCAAUAUAGUGAAGUAAUAUACAAUGAUUAGCAAGACAUAUAAAAAAUAUAUAUCAUAUGUACAAAUUGGUGUGCUAAUUUUGCAUGUUCUUUCCCACUUUCAAAUGAAACAACAAAUACUGUGUGCUCUGGAUAAAUAAUAAAUUUAUUGUCAAACCAAUUCACUUAAUUUUAAUCAAAAUAUAUCACUUUUUUAAGUCAAAGUGGGUCAUUUUACAAGUUUAAAGAGAUAUUUCAAGCAAAGUGUGUAACUUUUAAUCUUAAAUGGGUCACUUCUAGAUUAAUAAAAUUGACAUAUUUAAGGCAAAAAUGUACUCCCAUCUCAUAAUAAUUUACAGUAUAUCUGUCUUACUAAAGAAUUUGUAUAAAUAAAUUAGUCAAUCAAUAUCUUUUAGUAUAUAUAUCUAAUCAACAAAAAACUUCCCAUGUAUUUUAUCAUGACAUUAGCUACAUCAGCCACAAAAUGCACGGGCCGGGUCAUAAGCUGAUUUUAAAAUAUAUUUUAUUACACAAUAUGAUUAUAAAAACUUUAAAUCAUGAGCUAAUAUUCAGACCAUGAUUUUAGGAUAAACAUCCUAAAAUAAAAAUUAAUAAAACAAAAUAUUUUCGCGCGUUAAUGUGUUUUUUUUGUUUCAUUUACGUAUUUAUAGAUGUAUAUAUCACAAUUGUAAGAUUUUUAAACUUCAAAAUGUUGUAACAAAGGAUUUGUAUAUAUCAUCUAAUAUGAUUUUAUAUUUUAUAUUCUUUUAACAUUAAAUACAUGAAUUUUAAUAAUUAUGGAUCCAAUAAAUUUGGAACAAAAACAACUACUUAAUAAAUAAAACAAUUCCCGUGCACUAUGGACUGGUCCAAAUUAUAUCUAAAUAAAACCUCCCGUGCAUUUUUGCACGGGUUAAAAGCUAGUUGUUUAAUAUAGGAAGCUAGAAUUUUUAGGAAUUGAAAUUUUUUGGUGUUGUUUGGUUGACAAAUUUAUGGGAAGUAGAAAUUCUUAGGAAGUUCCACUUCCUCUAAAGUGGAGGAUAUUACUUAUUUAAGGGGACCUAGGUACGUGAAAAUUCCCAUGAGAAUUUUUAUAUCUCAUGAAUCACCAAACACCAUUUAGUAAUUCUUAGGAACUACAAUUACAUGGGAACAUAUAUUUCCAAGGAAUUACACUCCCUUCAUUCAACCAAAUACUCCCUCCGUUUCCUAAAGAUCUUCCCACUUACUGUUCCUACAUAUACCAAGGAAAAUCAAGUUGUGUGGGGCAUGGUGUGAGUAAAGUAGGAGAGAGAAAGGGGUUAAGAUAAAUAAACAAAUAAAAAGUGGUUAAAGUAGCUGAGAGAAAAGGAGUAAAAUUGAAUUAAUAAUAUAAUAGUGGACCAUAUGAUAGUGACAUGAGAGGGUAAAUAGGGAAAUUUGUUUUGCCAAAUAAGGAAUAAAGCAAAAGAGGGAAGAUCUUUUGGAAACACCCUUAAACGGAAAGAGGGAAGAUUUUUAGAAAACGGAGGGAGUAAGCACUAAAUGCAUUGUACAUCCAGUGCACACUGCACAAUCGUUAUUGAAAAUAAAAACAUUAAAGAAUUUUUUUAAAAAGAAUUGUCAGGAGAAACCUCAAACAUUAAGUCAAUGCCAGAAAUAUAUGUCAACUCCAUCGUCAUCAGGUUUUUUCUGACAAAGUUUUUUAGGUUUAAGAUUUUUCUUAACAAAAAAUAUUUUAAAAUGUUUUUUUAUGAUGAAAAGUUGUUUAUAUAAGGUUGUUUCUGAUAAAUUUUCUAAACAUUAAUGCAUAAAAUUUCUUUCUUUAGACAAAUCAGACAACUGUUUUUCCCACUCAGAUCUCGCAUUAACCAGCACAUUCAUCCCAAAUUUAGCAACUCCAUCUUUUUUUCCUUUGUCAAAACCAUUUCUAAUGUGUAUCCAACUCUUUUUUUUCCUUUUUCCUAUGUAACUUAAACAAUUCUUUUUUUUAUCUCUCUCGUCUCCAAAAACAAAUUUAAGUAUACAUGCCUAAAUACAAGUUAAAAUUUGCAGAGAAUAUAAUUAAUUAGGGUUUACAAUCUUAUAAAUUUCCAUGGAAUCACAACAAUGGUGGAGUGAAGGUAUAUGGAACGAAACAAAGAUUUUGUGCGAAGAAGUACAACCACAUAAAAUAUACAGGGCUUUUUGGGAACAUCAAUUAUAUCCUCUAGAUUCUUACUCGUCAAUUCUCUUAUGUAAUCUUGCUAUAAUCUUGAGCGUAACUAUCACGACAUGGUUCUUCCUUAAACCUCUUCGCAUGCCUUUCACGUCCCAGAUGAUUGGCGGCGUGAUUAUGACGGGAUUAAUAUUUUCAAAUCGAGAAUUUGAGUAUCACACAUUGCUUCCACCAACAGUUGUAUUCAUAUUAAGAACUAUAUCAUUUUAUGGCUUUAUAUUUCAUUUAUUCAUGUUGGGAGUAGAAACCAACAUGAGUAUAAUCAUAAGGAGGAUAGAAAAGAAAUCUUUAGUCAUUGGUAUCACUGGUUCUUUAUGCUCUUUUGCACUUGGCAUUGCUGCAUUUUACCUUACAUCAACCGAGUUCGAACUAGCUCGCCACAAUAAACAAACGUUUAAAGGACUAAUAGGUUUGAUGACUCUAAAUGCACAAUCCUUCUUCAUGGUUACAUGUAACAACCUAAAUGAUCUUGGUAUAAGCAAUUCGGACAUCGGUCGUUUAGCUUCGUCAAUAUCCUUGAUCCUUGAUCUAUCUAUAUUGGUAUUCAAUUUCAUCAUGCUUGUGAUUUUACCACCUUUCAUUUCCGGCGGCAACGAUGUCAAGAGAUCUUUGAUCAUUUUAGGCUACUAUGCUAUAGUAUUCUUCAUUAUUAGGCCACUUUUGUUGUUCAUUUUAAGUCAAACUCCUGAAGGAAGGGACAUGAAAAACACCCACUUUAUGUACAUAUUUUUGAUUGUGCUAAUGGUAGCUGGAUUUGGAGAAGUUUUGGAUGAAAAGUUUGCAGUAUUUUUCUUUGCAUUGUCUUUACCAGAAUAUCCAUUAUCGUCGGUUUUUUCUGAGAAAUUGGAAACCAUUACUUCGGCUGUUUUCUUCCCUGUUUAUUGUGCAACACAAGGACUACAAACUAACUUUUACUCUCUAACAAAGAGAUCUUUAGAGAUUGAGUUUGUUUUGAUUGUGGGUUAUAUUGGCAAGUUUUGUGGAACCACCCUUUCUUCAAGGCUUUUUGGUGUUCCAAUUUGGAAUUCUGUGGCCCUUUCUCUCAUUGUUUGUUCUAAAGGCUUAUUGGAUGUUGUCUCACUUGCGCUUUGGAGAGAUAAAGAUUUGCUAGAUGUGGAGGAGUACACAUUAGCUAUAACCCACUUUUUGAUAACAACAGGAGCACUAAUGCCUCUAGCAAGGCAUUUCUAUGAACCACUUAGUCAAUAUGCUUCACUUUUUAGACGAAAUUUGACAGACUCCACCAACAAUAAUGGUACAUUUCAGACAUUGACAUGCCUUCAUAAGGAGGAUAAUCUACCCGGAAUCAUACGCCUUAUUGAGGCUUUUCACCCUUCACGAACGAGGCCGAUUCCUGUGAUUUCUCUCCAACUCAUGCCACUAUCUGGUCAUUGCACCAUGCCUAUCAUGGCACCCUUAGAGCAAGUUAAAUCAAUGGCUAUCUUUCGAUCAAAGCUCGCUUAUUCCAAUCGUGUGGUUGAAGCUUUCAUAAACCUUGAGCGUCAGUCCAAAGGCUACACCCGCCUUAAACACUACGUAGCCAUGUCUUCGUUCGAAAGUAUGCAUAAUGAUAUAUGUAGCCUUGUUUAUCAAAGAGGGGUAAGUCUACUUAUUCUACCAUUCCACAUGCAUGUACAAUGGACUAAAGUCGGAAAGAUCGUUGAAGAUUCAUCUCAAUCCAUACGAGAAGUUAAUAGAUUGGUGCUCGAAAAGGCACCGUGUUCUAUUGGAAUGUUGCUUGAUAGAGGUGAUCCUCAUCUUGGUAUCGCGCAAACUUCUAUCUAUCAAGUUGCAAUUAUCUUCAUAGGAGGAUCAGAUGAUCUUGAAGCUCUUGCAUUUAUAAGACUUCUUGGUAGUCAUCCUAAUGUUAGGGUAGUUGUCAUUUGGUUGAAGUCAUCAAUAAAGGAUGAUAACAAAAAUGAUGCUUUAGAUUAUGAUACAAUAAUGAGCUUUCAAGCUCCCAAGAAGUCUAAGGACAACGAGACAACGAUGACAUUAAAGGAAGUGGUGGUGAACGAUGGCUCGGAUACAACUAACAUUUUGCUAUCAAUGAAUGAUGUUGUUGAUUUAGUUGUAGUAGGAAGACACCAUGACUCAAAUUGUGUCCCUUUGCAUGGGCUUUCUCUUGACGGAUGGUAUGAGUAUCCAGAGUUGGGAAUUCUUGGUGACUUGUUAGCUACAUCAGAUUUUGGAUUCUCAGUUUUAGUUGUUCAAAAGGAGCCAAAAGAUGAUUUAGUACUUGAUAAUCCAAAAUUCACAGUAUAAUAAUUGUUUAAGAAGCUUCAUCAUUACAAAUUUAAAGGAGUACACAAGUAAUCUCAAAGGUCACAAUGCUAACAGUUGUAAUCAGGUGUACCAUUCGAGAGUGAGAUGUUUUCAGCAUUGAUAAAUGGGCCAAGCCUAAAGUGAAUAUGGAUUUUACUAAAUGAUACCUGUUUUUUGACAACUACGACAUUAAUGCUUAAAUGAGCCAAGCUUUAGCGUUGUCUACCCAACAAUUGCUGGUGGAAACCUACGAAGAGGCCCGACAAAAAUUUAAUUUUCAUGAGAAGCAAGACACUUGAAUUAUCUUGCAAUCUAGUUUCCAGUGAGCUUCCCAAAUAAAGUUUUGACUUUGGACGUAGUUUUUAUGGAAACUAGUUGUUAGCAUGACUAUUUUUGUCAUUUUUGCUAUUUUUUAUUGUAAAUAUCAUUAAACAUAGAGUUGCAACUUAUAGGAUCAAGAGUUAAAGAGAGAGGGGGUAGGGAUUGGUGUGAAAGUUAUCAGUAGGUAUUCCUUCCGUCCCAUAAUAUAGUGCCUAUUUCAUUUUUGGUGGGUCAAUUUAAAAUCUUUGACCGAAUAUUCUCAUUUGUAUAUAUAUAAAAACAUAUUCAUGUGA